AUGACAAAGAGCAAGUACGUGAGGAGCGUACGACUGCAUCCAGGCUGCCGACAGAGGGCGCCUUGGAAGGAAGCCUACAACAGCGAGCGAGCAAUCUACAUCCGUGACGUCACGGAAGGAUAUGGUGCAAACGUGAACAGCCAGGUGACAAAAUCAAUGGUCAAACAACUUUCAGACUGUCUACAUGCUCUAAAAAAUAUAGGCAUAGACGUCAAUGCUUGGGACGCCAUAGUGAUUCAUUUGCUCACUCUCAAGUUAGACCCAGAAACAAGAAAGCAGUGGGAGUUGACUGCAUCAAUGCAAACCACAGAGGAGACCUUACCGACCUUUGAGCAAUUCAAAGAUUUUAUAACAAAUCGAUUUAGAGCUUUAGAGUUUAUAGAAACCAAGAAAACUGUUAAUCAUAACCCCACCCCUAUAACUUAUAAGGCACGCGCCUUGCAUGUAGCUCAAGGCAGUCAAUGCCCGUUUUGUUCAGAAUCUCACAAAAUAAUAUUCUGUAAACAAUUCGUCAAGCAAGACGUAGACUCACGACGCGAGUUUGUCCAAACCAAGGGUUUAUGUUUUAACUGUUUAGGCGGAUUCCAUUCAGCGAAGGUAUGCCAGAAUCCCACACCAUGUAGAGUUUGUAAACGCCGCCACCACUCAUUACUUCAUCCCAAAAAUGGUCCUGGUGCCAGUGUUUCUUCCGACGAGGUAGCUGAAGGUACAACUAAUGUUGGUACAAUGGAAGACAUGGAAGAAUUAACUGACUCAGAACCAACAGAUAUUACGACUUGUUUUUCUUCGGGUGAUCAGGGUCAAGUACUGUUAGCCACUGCAGUUGUUGGAGCCCAGUCGAGGAACAAUGAAUAUUAUCCCGUGCGAGCAAUGAUAGAUCCAUGUUCUCAAGCUUCAUUUAUUACGGAGGCAACGGCUCAAUAUCUGGGACUGAAACGUAUCCCAGUCCGCAGUAACAUAUUUGGUCUGGGAGGACAAAAGAAUGCAACACCAAGGUCGAGGGUGAUACUAAAUUUGCAAUCAUUGAUACAUCCUGAAGAAAGGCUUUCAGUAAAGGCAUAUGUACUGAGUACAAUUACUACUAUUAUGCCAGCCAAGAAAGUGGUAGAUUUGGGCUCAAUAGACGUCACAGGAUUACCACUGGCUGAUCCAAAUUAUCACACGCCUAACAAAAUUGACGUCUUGUUAGGUGCAGUAGUUUAUAGCCAGAUUGUUUCGGGAGAAAUAAGGAAAAACAAAGAAAAAACUCUUGUAGCCCAAGCAACGUCGUUGGGUUGGAUUAUAAUGGGAGCGACUGGAUCCAAACAAAAUGUAUCCAAUGUAUCUGUGUUCCAUACUUACCUUGUUGGAGAUGAUCUGCUUAAGAAAUUCUGGGAAUUAGAGUCUGAUGUGUCUAUGGUCAAAGGUCACGACCUGUGGACAGAAGAAGAGAAAAGAUGCGAGGAAAUAUUUGCAGCUUCUACUUCUAGAGAUGAUACGGGAAGAUAUGUUGUAAAGCUCCCGUUUGCUGACGACGACCCUGGCUGCAAAUAUGGCGAAUCUAGAGAUGUAGCAGAAAAAAGAUUUUAUACACUGGAAAAGAGAUUAAAUAAAAACCCGGAACUUCUAUCACAAUAUAAAAAUGUAAUAGAUGAAUACUUACAAUUAGGACAUAUGGAGAAAGUACCUGAAAAAGAGAAAAAUAAAAUAGACGCUGUAUACUUACCCCACCACGCUGUGGUGAAAAAGGAGAGAGAAACAACCAAGGUUAGGGUUGUUUUUGACGCUUCCUGCAAAGGAAAGAAUGGAGUGUCAUUAAAUGAUAAUCUUAUGAUUGGACCAAAAUUACAACCAGAUUUACGACAUUUAGUACUUCGCUGGAGACUAUAUCCCAUUUCGCUAGUAUCAGAUAUCGUAAAGAUGUACAGACAAGUCAAGGUAAAGGACGAAGAUGCCAACUUUCAAAGGUUAUUAUGGAGAGAUAAUCCUGAUUCAGAGCUGCAAGAUUAUAGACUACUCAGAGUAACUUUUGGUACGGCUAGUGCACCAUAUUUGGCCGUCAAGGCUUUACAACAAAUAGCACUAGAUGAAGGAGAACAUUACCCUUUAGCCACUGAAAGAACACUCAAAGACUUCUAUAUGGAUGACUUCAUGACAGGUUGCGAAACGGAAGAAGAAGGGAUUCAAAUUUACAGGGAAAUGAAUGAAUUAUUGGGAAAGGCCGGAUUUACUUUACAGAAAUGGACUACUAGCAGCAAUGACUUAUUGGAGAUGAUUAAAAGAGAGAAAGAGGAUGUGGGGAGUGGAAUAGAAAUUAAACAGGAUGAAAUAAUCAAAAUUUUAGGACUUACCUGGAAUCGAGAAAGUGAUGAAUUUCACUACGCCGUGUCACUUACACCUAUGAAAAUACCGGUAACAAAAAGAAAUAUAAUUUCGGAUAUUUCGAGAUUAUUCGACCCAUUGGGUUGGGUAGCUCCUUGUGUAAUUUUAGCAAAGGUUAUGAUCCAGAAGUUGUGGCUGACAGGAAUAACCUGGGAUGAGGAAGUUCCUAGCAACCUAAUAAACGAAUGGAGUACUUAUCGUGAAGAAUUGGCAAUGCUUACACAGGUUCAUAUUCCAAGAUGGAUCAGAUUAAAGAAAACUAGCAAGAAAAUAGAACUCCAUGGGUUUAGCGAUGCAUCAAAAAUCGCAUUUGCUGCUGUGGUGUAUGUCCGAAUAGUAGACGAAACAGAAGAUGUAACGGUCACUCUAGUGUCGGCAAAAACAAAGGUUGCUCCAAUUAAACAAGUGUCCAUACCCAGACUGGAACUUUGUGGGGCGGUUCUUCUAACCAGGCUUUUAAUGGAAAUUUCGGAGAAUCUAAAUGUCAACAAGGGUGACAUUCAUGCGUGGACGGAUUCUACAGUCGUCCUAGCUUGGCUUAACAGCCACCCAAAUAGGUGGAAAACAUUCGUCGCGAACAGAGUGUCCGAAAUAUUAACUACAUUAGAUGCCAACCAAUGGUCCCACGUCCCAUCCAAGCUUAAUCCUGCAGAUUAUGCCUCACGAGGCUUACGUCCAUCAGAGCUUACAACUACUUCUAUGUGGUUUAAUGGACCAGAGUACCUUCAAAAAGAACCAAUAAAAUAUGACAGACCAAAAAACAUAGUCACAGAUCUCGAAGUAGCAAAGGGUGCCUCCAGAGAACUUAAAUUAUUGCUACAAGCGGAGAAUAAAAAUAUGUUGUCAGAAAUCGCAGAAGCUUUGGCAACCGAAGGCACCACAUGGCAUUUUGUUCCGCCACAUGCUCCCAAUUUCGGCGGCUUGUGGGAAGCAGGUAUCAAAUCCGCAAAGUACCACCUAAAAAGGGUCAUAGGUGAAUCCACGCUGACGUAUGAAGAAAUGGCGACGGCGUCGCGCCGCCGCGCCGCCGCGCCGCUGCAGCAACCACAGGUCGGACUGCGCUUGAAAGCUUAA